AUGUGUGGUGGGUUUACGUGUUCGAAAAAUGCUCUUAUAGCACUGAAUAUUCUUUAUGUGGUUGUAGCUUCGAUCCUCAUAUCGGUGGCUGUUUACGGACAGGCCUCAGCCCUUACUACGUUACCAAUUGUGGGGGGCAUUAUGGCUUGUGGUAUUUUAUUAAUUCUUAUAUCAUUACUGGGCCUAGCUGGUGCUGUCAAACAUCAUCAAGUGAUGUUGUUUUUCUACAUGGUGAUUUUAUUCCUCUUGUUCCUGGUGCAGUUUUCAAUCGCAUGUGCCUGUCUUGGAGUUAAUUCUGACCAGCAAGAGAUGCUCGCUCAACAGGGUUGGAAUUCAGUUGAUAUUGAUAUGAAGGCACAGGUUCAAGAACAAUUCCAGUGCUGUAGUUUUAAAAGCAGGCCUAUUACAAAUUCUACUUCUAAUUAUCCUUCCUGUGAUAUUGUUGAUAGCAUUUGCUGUAACCACUUGCCUGUUACUGAUGAUUGUAAAUGUCAACCAUGUAUGAAGGAACUCAAAGGAAUAAUUAACUACGCUUUUAAACUGUGUGGUUGCGUUGGACUUUUCUUCAGUUUUACUGAGCUUUUCGCCGUAUGGAUCGCCAGACGCUAUCGAAACCAACCAGACCCCACCUACAAAGAACCGCAUGCAGUGUUCCCUAGAAAAAACUACUUAUAUUAA